AUGGGGAGACUCAAGCUCGAGAUAGAUGAAGCGACUCUGCUGAGGCAGUACAAGAUAUCUACUUUGGAACCCCAGAAAUGGGAAGAAGUGGACCAUGACCUGGGCGACUCGCUCGCCGGUGCCCUCACGAGUCCCACUGGAGAGGGCGAGGGGGACCCGCUAGGUUUGGGCGCCAUCAUAGAUGUGAAGAAUAUGGAUAUGGAAUCGCGUGCUGCCGUGUCCAUAUCCUCGAAGUCGUUCGACCCGAAGGCAUUCCUAGCGACUGUGCAUCCCAAUGCCACCUACCAGGACCUCGCGUCCGGGAUAUCUCACCUCAGGUCCUCGAUCGAUGCGCGCUCUCAAGCCAUAAGGGUGCUUGUAGAGGAGAACUUUGACAGAUUUGUUGCUGUCAAGGCGUCCACAGAUGCUGUAUAUGCGGAGAUGCGCGAAGGACUCUUGUCGGACAAGGCAGAGUUCGCAUCUAAGCCCAUUCGUGAUCAGUUGAAACAGGCUGCCGUGAAGGCGGACCAAGUGUUCCUCCCAGUCCUCGAGAACGCGUCCAAAGCCCAGAAGUUGCGCACAACUCUCGGAGUGUUCGAGCGCUCCAAGUUCUUCUUCAAUCUUCCUGGUGCAUUAGCAGAGUCCAUUGAAGCGGGCAAGUACGAGGCGGCACUGAGGGACUACAACAAAGGCAAGUUUCUGCUGGAGUCGCGGCCGGGCCAAUUGCUCCCAGUAGGCUCUAGCAAAGACGCCCAGGCCGAACAGCAGCAGAAGCGGAUCCUCGAGAAAGUCUGGAACACAGUGGAGAAGGCGAUGGGUGAGAUGAGGAGCAUGCUCCUUGCCAAGCUCAAGGAGCCCAGCCGGCCUGUGGAAGAACAGGAGAAGACCAUUGAGCGCCUUAUAUCUGGCGUGGACUGGUACAGGAUCUUGCUUGAGUUGAAUACUCAAGACGACCCUGUGUGGGCAUACUUGGAUAGUCAGCACAAGCACACAUUACACCAGAUGAACGAAACGUACAAGGCUGGCGUCGCCGGCAUAGAAGAUAUGCGUGGGCGGACGCCGUUAACGCCCAACGACGCUACCAAAGGUCUAGCGGCACAACUCCAGGCUUGUGUCACCGCGCUGGACUCGAAGCAGCCAGACACGGUCAUUUCACAAUCCGGUGGACACGAGGAGUGGCAAGGCAUCGUGGACCUGAUUAAGAGCGUCUCGGAGGUCAUGCUAUCAGCUCUCCCUAAUUUUUGGAGGAUAUCCAAGGGUUAUAUGGAUGGCAAGUUCAAGAAGACGUCAGGCUCUAGACGAAGUGCAUCCCAAUGUCGCACUAUGGCUUUAGACAUCAUCAAACUCUACAUCUCUCUCCUGUCUGAAUUCUUCACGCUAUCGGAUUUGGUCAUCAUGAAGUCCGCGGGGAACGACAACGCCGCUACUCCACGCCUGAUCCCAAAGAACUCCAACUCUAUGACAACCGCUCAUUAUCUGCUGCGUAUCCUGGGUGAGGCACAGGACACGGUAACGGAGCUCAACUCGAUGGAGAUCUCUAGUGAAGGCACUUCGGGCCUCAAGAGCUUGAUGGAAAGUACGAGAUGGAGGUUUGAGGAUCUCCUCAUUCAAGCAUGGUUACGAGACGCCAACGUAUUCUAUUAUCUGGAGUCCUGGGUCGCGAGUACGGUCGAGCCGCAUACCACGACUUACCUCUCUCGCAUACAACAGUACCAGAGGCACAUCGUCACAGCUGCUUUCAAGGUCGCUGGUGGUGUCGACCUCCCGUCAAGCUUGAGUGUCUCGAAGACGAUCAAACAAUACCCAAUACCGGUGGAGUUCACCAACAGGAUCACAAGGGCGUUCUUGGACUCCCUCUACGCAUUCCUCGACGGACUCGUGCACCUAGCCUCUGAUGAGUCACCUGACAUGGCAAGUGACAAACCGCCUGCUCCGGAAGUAGGAGCAGCAUCCGCUGUCAAUCCCUUAGAAUUGCUGGACUUGACUAAUACCGACAACCGUUUGUUGUUGGUUGUGUCAAACUUUGGUCACCUUCAACGUGUCAUCAUCCCGGCCAUGAUCUCCGAGCUCGAGACUGCUUUUUCAAUCUCUAUGGAACAAGAUAAACAGACGCUAAUGACUGUGGUCCAAGAACUCGACAAGACUCUGUUUGAUAGCUAUAUCAGCCCGAAGGCCGCAGUAGUGAAGGGCAUGAUCCGCAACGGCAUUCUCGACAGUGACAUUGAUUGGUACGAGACGCCUCAACCCACAGAAAUACGACCAUACAUGUUUGAGACGUUGAUGUAUCUCGUGGGAGUUCACAACCAGGUUAACACGGCAGCUGCCCCACUCUUGGAUCGUACUCUGAAAUCAUUAGUUGAACAUGUUGCCGAGGAAGCAUUACGUUGCUUCCGGCAGGUCAAGAAGUUCGGUAUGGGUGGUAUGCUGAGGGCAACCCUCGAAAUCGAAUUCCUGCACCAGACCGUCAACCGCUACGUCACGCCGACCGCUGAGAAGACCCUCUCAGACUUGUAUCAUAAAAUAUCGCAAGCGUACUCCCGCCGUCCCGGAGACGAGGAUCUGCAGACGCACCUGGACGGCGUCAAGAAGACGCUGGCAGACACUCGGAGGGCUACUGGGAUCGAAUUCCUUUGCUUUAGGCAAAACAAGGAAAGGAAUACCAAAGACGGGAAGGAUGGGAAGGACAAAGCCAGAGACAGAACGAGAAGUCGGGCCACGAAAGACGGCCGAUAG